CUUUAAAGACAAUUGCUUUUCUGGACAUCAUUUAUGGCGAAUAUACAAGCGAAACCCGGACCGUCUGUUACAAUUCAAGUCUUGAAGGGUUCAAACUAAACACAACAGUUUUGACGACAAAAAUGGUUUCGGAACGGGUAGAUUGCCUAAUGGAGUGUGCGACUGAGCCAUGCUGCAGAUCCAUCAACCACAAAAGGACAUCAGCAUUUCAGAACGAUACAAACUGUGAAUUGUUGCACGACGUGGUUUUCAAUACAUCAAAAGAGCAGUUGCUGAAAGACGCUUCCUACGAUUAUUCAUACCUCGUGAAUCCACAAAAGAAAUACAAUGCAAGUUGCCUAGGAAAUGUUGUAGAGAACGACAGCGCUGUCUCCCGUGAAACCGUAAGGUACCGCAUUUCAUCCUCCUCAUAUGGCUACGUGCGCUAUUAUGGUACCUAUAACAAGAUUGAACGCCUCGAAUUCUCGCGUAUUCAUCCAAGUGCUCAGUUUCGUUUUACGAAUCAAAACGCACUGCAGGAGACAAACACUGGCUGGUGCAUCAACCAGAGACCGGGCAAACUACUCGUACUCACCUCCAACUGCGAUGUCGACAGGUGGAUUUACGAUUCAAAUGCCAGACAUUUAGUUGUCGCUAGCAAUGGAAGUUUGUCAUUGUGCUUAAGCCCCUGGGCUAACAACGGUCUUCCUACAGAUCUUUCCGUUCAUCCUGGUCUGUCUCAUUGUAGCAGCUGGAACAAGAUUAACUUAGAAAAGGGUGAGUACUAUGAUACAAAAAUCUUGAAGCUAUUGAAUGGAUGA